AUGUCCGCGGUGAAGCUUGAGAAGACCAUUGCGCAGUUGGAGAGACGCCUGCUGGAAGAACUGCAAACCACAGUGGAGCCUCUGGUCGCCAGGUUAGACUAUUUGGAGGGCCUCCUUCAGGGCAAGAAGCCAUCAGAGAAGAAUGUGGAACUGGAGGUGGAUCUGCCUGGCGAGACGCGGGAGUUCAAAGCGAGCUGUCCUGUGGUGCCAACGGCGGAGCCAUCCGCGGACGGCGUCGAAUUUGCAGGUCCGGUGCGAAAGCGGCAGACCAUCAUGAAAGUGGAGGUGGUGGACGAAGAGCCCAUCCCCUUCGCGGAAACCGUGUGGAACGUCACCUUGGUCCUGGGCCACACGGGCGCGGGGUGGCUGGACGUGGCCUCCGCCUGCUUCCUGACGCUGCUGAGUACCUUCAUGCAGGUGGUCUUCACGGCGGUGAUCUUGUCGGACUACUUUCGUCCCGCCUCCAUGUUCGAGCAAACCGGCGCCGCCCAGAAGUGGCGCUCUGCGGCCGCCCACGACGUGAAGCACAUGGAUUUGUCCCUCACCAGCUUGGUGUCGCGUGUAUGCAACGACGAUGGCUCCUUGAUCCUUUCCACCGGCCAGGCCGGGCUGAUCAACGAGAUCAAUCAGUUCGUGGGCAUGAAGCCCCAUGAGUUCGCCCCCACCUCGGUGCCUCCGGGCAUGACCAUGUGCAUGAUGUGCAUCAUGCUUUGGUGCAUCUACUUGGGCGGCGAGCUCCGUGCCGUUUUGGUGUCCUUGAUGGCGGCCAACCAGAUCCCGCGCGGUCGCAACACUGUGCUGAUUCAGGGCGCCUUCAGCUGCAUCUCACGGCUCCGGUUCUUGACCUACUGCCUGGUGCGCCUCACGCGCUUCGGGAUCGCCAUUUGUCUGCUCUACGCGGGGAUCCUCUGGUUGGCGCUCACCACAAACAUUACGGACCUAAUCCUCAACGCCGUUGCGCUGGGCGCCAUUUUGCAAAUCGACGAGCUGGUGUUUGCCGCGCUCUUUCCAAAGAAGAUUCAGGUGGCCAUCUAUGAGCUGGAGUCCGUCAGAGUGAAGUACACCAAAAGGUGGAGUCAAUUGGAGUCUGCUCUGGUGAUAUUGGUGCUCACCCUCAUCACAGUGGGUUCCUUCUUGCUGUGGGUGCAGCCUUUGACUGAUCAGAUGCUGUUGGUGAAGCAGGAGUACUGCGCAGGGAAUCAAGAUUUUGUGGUGGGCUUGAACCAGGAUUGGCAGACCUACAUGGGCUUCGAGUCGGCUCCCUUCGGCCGCACCGGCGGCACCUCUUUGGGUGAGCUUGCAGCCCUGGAGCAUUCCAAGCAGAGGCUGUCCAACGGCACGGCCACGUACAUCCAAUUCUCCACGUCCUUGGACGCCUUCGAGAUCGACCGGGUGAAGCCUUUGGAGGAGUUGGCCAACGAGUUCCCCCACUGCCUGGACUACGACGGCUGGUUCCCGGAGCUGGUCAACUCCUUCGGCGCCAUCUUCCGCUCCGCGGCGGCGCUGGCGCAGCGCCCCGCGGCCACCUCCUGCGCGCAGCUCAAGGAUCUAUGCGAUUUGCCGACCAGCCGCGCCUUGCGCUUCGUUUGCGGGGAGACCUGUGGCUGCGACGAUCCCCAGGCGCAGCGCUGGUUCCGCGUGCCUCGCCAGGGCUGCCCGGCCAAGUGUGAAGAGAAGGCGAAGACGGCGGCCGGGUCGCUGCCCUGUGAGGAUGUCGACUGGAACAACUCCGUGUGGCGGAGUUUUUGGGACAUCUACCCCUCUGUCCUGUCUGCCCGGAUCGGCAAGGACGUGAUGACUACGCCCCUGGGGGACGUUGUGGCGACCACCCAAAGCUUCAUGCUGGAGGUGGGGUGCCCGGGCAUCGCCAUGGUGCCAGAGGAUAGCCUCACUCAAGGCCAUUGGUGCGCAGGGAGCUCUGAGCUCUGGGCGCCCCUGGCGCACCUCUGCCCUGUGAGUUGCAGCUGCCAAGAGCUCGGGGAGGCGGCGGACUACUGCCCCGCCACCUGCAGCUGCGCGGACGCGCCAGUCUUCCCGGCCCAGGGGGGCAUCACCAGCUGCGAGGAGGCGGUGCCUGUGGGCAUCUGCCGGCUCCAGUUCGAGUCCAAGGAAUUCUGCGCGAAGACCUGUGACCUCUGCGGCCCCAAUGCCACCAACUCCUCCUUCGCGUGCAUGGAUGGCAGGAUCCCGACGCAUCUGGGAGUCGGCAACUGCUCCGAUAUAAGGGCCGCGGGCUACUGCGAGUCUUUGCGGCGCAUGGACUCCAACGUGGCUGCUGUCUGCUCCAAGUCCUGCGGCCUCUGCUCGGAGCCUUGA